AAAUAUAAUAUCACAUUUUUAUUUUGUUUUUUGUUAUUAUUGUGUUAUUGCAACACUGUCUCAACAGCCUUUAAAUUUUUGCGAAAAGGCAAAUCUCGUUGUCUUCGCGUUUUUAAAACGUUUUUCGUAAGAAAACCUUUAUAAUUUGUGAUAAUUUACUAUAAAAUCUCGUAGGGUUAGUGUAAAAUAGGUUACUGUAAGUUUACAUUCGUUGUUUUCCAAGCAUCGUCAAUAGUUAUUUGUGACAGAUCGAUUCGGCGUUACAGAGUUGCAGGUUAUACGGAAAUAAAAAGAUUUUUUGUGCUCUUUUUAUUACUUAUUGAUUAGAAAUGGAAAGCAUGGAUGUCGCACAAGAAAGUACUUCUGCUGCGUCAACGCCUGCCACAGAAAAUGGACCGGACAAGAACGUCACAGCGGAGGAGAUGACGUCCCGGGACUACUACUUCGACUCGUACGCCCAUUUCGGAAUCCACGAGGAAAUGUUAAAAGAUGAAGUACGUACCCUGACGUACAGAAACGCGAUGUACCACAACAAGCAUUUGUUCAAGGGCAAGACUGUACUAGACAUAGGUUGCGGGACUGGUAUCCUGUCCAUGUUCGCUGCGAAGGCCGGAGCAGCGAAAGUCAUUGCAAUAGAAUGUUCAAACAUCGUUGACUAUGCACGCAAGAUCAUUGAAGCUAACCGGCUGAGUGAAGUCAUAGAAAUUGUUAAGGGGAAGGUGGAAGAGGUGGAGCUACCAGUGGACAAGGUGGACAUUAUAAUAUCGGAGUGGAUGGGCUACUGUCUCUUCUACGAGAGCAUGCUGGACACGGUGCUGUAUGCGAGGGAUAAGUGGCUGAAGCCUGAUGGCAUGCUGUUCCCUGAUAGAUGUACAUUAUUCAUCUGCGGCAUCGAGGACCGGCAGUAUAAGGAUGAGAAGAUCAACUGGUGGGACGAUGUGUAUGGGUUCGACAUGUCCUCCAUCCGGAAGGUGGCCAUCUCGGAGCCGCUCGUCGAUGUCGUCGAUGCUAAGCAGGUGGUGACGAAUUCGUGCUUAUUGAAAGAAAUUGACCUGUACACUGUGAAAAAGGAAGAUUUGAACUUUGAAUCAAAGUUCCAUCUUCAGGUCCGGCGCAACGACUUCAUCCAGGCGCUGGUGACGUUCUUCAACGUGGAGUUCACGAAGUCUCACAAGCGCCUGGGCUUCAGCACCGCGCCCGAGGCGCCCUACACGCACUGGAAACAGACCGUCUUCUACUUCGACGAGUACAUGACGGUAAAGAAAGGCGAAGAGAUUACCGGCACAUUCUCAAUGCGUCAGAACGCGCGGAACAAUCGCGACCUCGACUUCGAAAUAGAAUUGGACUUCAAGGGGGAACUCUGCCAGGUCCAAGAGAAGAACCACUACCGGAUGCGCUGAACCAGAGACAAGAACCACAGCCACCGCGUCCUACAACACGACAUGCAACAAGACUUACAACAGGACUUACAACAAGACUUCAAGUUACUCGUCACUCAGUAUUGCUUCCUCACGUCCAUUUACGGUGAAUGUUUCUCUGUUAGAGGUGAGAGAUCGCUUCAUGAUAUGCUGUGUUAUGAUUGCCUUCGAUCGUAGAUUUAUUUUACUUGACACUAGCUGUCAUUUAUAAAAUUGUUUGAGGUUAUGUGCGAAGUAUGUAAUCUAUACAUAUAAUAAAUGUAAUAUAUCACCUUUGCAAUAAUAACUAAUUUACUAAUAAGCAUAUUGCCUAUUAGCCUACAAGAUUGUCUAAAGGUGUAUUUACACGAAAUCUGACCAACUAAAUAUUGGCUAUAGAAUGUAGCAGGCCAGCCAGAGUGGGAUAGAAUGAGCAUUCACUCGCUUGGUGUAAAUAGGCCUUAAGUAAUUUUUCGUCUACAAAUCGAAAUGCCUAAUGUGUGAGAGAAAUGAGUGUGUGUGUUAUUGUCUAAAAGUUUUUUUUUCUCAAAAAUUUCAAUAAUUCAUAUUGUUUUCGUUGCCUGUGAUUCUGAAGCGUAAAGUCUCCAAAGAAUUCUCUGUAAAUGGACGUAUAUAAGAUACUCGAAUUUAACACCAAAUGUUUUCAAAAUAGACAUAUUGCCAUACGUUAAAUUUAGAAAUAAACAAAUGGGAAGUAAGUCUGUGAUAAAACUAUUCUUAAAAUUUGUUUCCCUGAUGUUUUUCACAAAAUUUCUUGAGCGGUUUUGUUUUUUAAUAACUCCUUUUUAUUAAGAAUUUCAAAAUACAAAAUCUCUGUAAAAGGUAGCUGUUAAAAUUUACUAAGUAUGUUCUAAACAUCGAAGUACUAUGCUUGAGGGACGAAUUAAAACGAAUUUGUUAACAUUUUUCAUUGAUCGUGGACGCUGUGUUUUCUAAAUAAGUAUUACACUUAUUUUGUACAUAUAUCGCUAUAUAAUCGAUAAAAUGCCAUAGGCUGAUAAGUUUUUAUAACAAAACUCAGGGAUGAUUUGGGCCUCCGGGUAUAAAAAAAUCAUCCAUGUUAAAACUAAGUAAAGCUUUGAUUCUCAAGGCACUGGCAAACUAAAUGAGUAACAUAAUAGACAUAUUUUUAUCUAAUAGAUUGCCAUGUUGCGAUACGUGUACAGAACGAGGUAUAAUUGUAUGACAAUUCGUAUAAUUUAGGAUUCUCACGUUUGUAUUAUACCGCCUAAUUUUCGUAUUUCGCGGUUUCUGUCAUAGCGUUAGUUCAUACUGUAUUCUAAUGUGAUCCUUGUGCUAUUGUAAUUAGGUUUAAGUUGCCAAUUCGUUACGAUUUGUUAUUAAAUCGAAACUUCGUCGAUUACAUCUCGAUUUUAAUUCCGUCA